UGCUCCUGAAACAUGGCACACAUUAAAGAAACCAAACGUAUUUAACCCCAAUUCAAGAUACACAGAACCAGCAGGCCUCCAUAUUCUCUGAACUCACAUUUAAACUACUGCCUUCCGGUCCCAAGACACAUUCGUGACUUGACUUAGCCCCAUACCCUUUUGGUUUUUAUCUGAGUUUUGUUCAUAUUAAUGGUGUCUGGUUUUGAAGGGUAUAAACUUGAGAAUGGAGUUGUCGCUUUGAAACAUAAACAAAAACUGGAGCUGGGGUUGAGCCUACUUCUUGCUCUUGAUCUUCAUUUGAUGAACUUUCGGGUUGCUGGCUCAUUUGGAUGAUGAUACAUAUUCUUGUUAUAUCAUAUAAAGUGGUUGCUUGAAAAAAUGGGGUCCUGUUGGAAACCCUCUGCAGUUGAUGAUAGACCUCGGCGUGGUGGCAGUGAAGCCAGUGGACGUGUUGAUGGGUUGUUGUGGUACAAGGACUUGGGGCAGCAUGCUUGGGGAGAAUUUUCAAUGGCUGUCAUUCAAGCCAAUUCUGUUUUGGAGGAUCAAAGCCAAAUCGAAUCCGGUCCCUUGAGUUCAACAAAAUCUGGUCCUGUGGGGACCUUCGUUGGUAUUUAUGAUGGGCAUGGAGGGUCUGAGGCUUCAACAUAUGUCAAUGAAAAUCUCUUCUGCAAUCUUCAGAGAAUUGCAGCUGAGCAUAGGGCCAUAUCAGAACAUGUUAUCAAGAAGGCUUACUUGGCCACAGAGGAGAAUUUUCUCUCCAUGGUGAAGAAGAAGUGGCUCAACAAACCACAGAUUGCAUCUGCAGGAACAUGUUGUUUGGUUGGGAUACUUUGCAAUGGACUGCUUUACACAGCAAAUGUUGGGGACUCUCGGGUGGUUUUAGGAAAAAUCGAAACGGCGACGAAAGAGGUCAUAGCCGUUCAAUUAUCUACAGAGCACAAUGCAAGUAUAGAAUCUGUGAGAGAUGAGCUCAAGUCAAUGCAUCCAUAUGAUCCAAAGAUUGUGGUUUUGAGGCACAGAGUUUGGCGUGUGAAGGGCCUCAUACAGGUUACAAGAUCCCUUGGUGAUGCAUAUUUAAAGAAUGCAGAGUUCAACAGAGAGCCUCUACCCCUAAAGUUUAGGCUGCCUGAACCUUUCCUCAAGCCAAUUCUCAUCCCUGAACCGUCCAUAUCGGUGCUUAAACUCCACCCUGAAGAUCAGUUUCUCAUAUUUGCUUCUGAUGGUCUGUGGGAGCAUCUCAGCAACCAGGAGGCUGUGGACAUUGUCAAUAGUUACCCACGUAAAGGAAUAGCCAGGAAGCUUGUUGAAGCUGCACUUCAAGAAGCAGCCAAGAAGAGAGAAGUGAGGUACUCGGACUUGAGAAAGAUUGAAAGAGGAGUGAGAAGGCAUUUUCAUGACGACAUCAGUGUUGUGGUGGUGUUUCUAAGCACAAGAUUGAAGGGUGGAGCCACCCCACACAAAACUCAAUUUUCAUUAAAACCCAACAUCUAGAUUGUUGCUUAAUUAUUCAUCUCCAGCCUCUGGUGGUGAAGAAAAUCAACCCAAAAAAGCCUUUGUCCAAAAAUAGCAGCUAGUGGAAGCUGAAGGAGGGAGAUGCUUUUGGCAAUGGCAAUGGCAAUGAGGGAUUUUACCAAAAUAUUUGUCUGUAAUUGGCACAUAGAAGAACUCAUAGUCAUAGGGGCUUGGUUUAAUUAUUGUAAAUUGUAAUUUAUAAGUUAAAUGAUGAUCUUCCUAUCGUA